AUGAUAAGACGAAACAAGGUUAAAUCCAGUACGAAAGUGUCUGUGAAUCGUAAUAGUAAAAAGUCCAUCGAAUCGAGUAGUUCGUCCUUGUCGACCUUACAUAUCCUCAGCUACGCCGAAUAUUUUUUCACCUUACUUUUCACGCACUCCACUGGAAGAUCGAAACGCGUGUCCUCGAGAGUUUUGUCAGCGGCGGAAAAGUACAAAUUGACAGCUGAACGGCCGGAAAACAUCGCGACAAAACCAUCGACGUACGUGGCGGCGCAUUUUGGAAAUUUCUACGAUCUUCGGGAUAACGCCGGAAGGACAUGUCGCGAUAAUCGUCGGCGUAAUUUUCUUGGAGCAGAGAGAACAAUAGCGACCAACGGUGACAGGAGACGUAGAUCGGAAUUCACUCGACAGAUGGUGCGCAAGCUGGAGCGAGCGAGCGACAUUGAAGAUUACGCGCGACAAGUGUCGGCUCUCCUGAAGGAGACGGUGGAGCCACCGAACUUCAGGCUAGACCCAUUCCUGUCGGAAAACUCAAUUCCCAAUGGAAGUCGAAGGAUCCCGGAUUACCCGCUCUGGUACAAGGAGCCUCAUGACAUACCAUUAGUGUUCUCAAAUUCUACCGCUCAACUUGACACGAACUCUCGAGACGAGGUGCAUUGA